GGCGUGCUAGUACUCUGUUUAAAGCAGAGACCAGGAUUUGCAGUCUUGUCAGUAUGCUUUGAUGAUUAUAAUAAAAAUGCAUAGAGGUACUUCGGAGCAGCAGCAAAGAGGUUUGAGUGUUGCAAGAAAGCAUGUGGCCUUGAGGAUAAUGAGGUUACGUGCAGGCUAUUGCGUCCGUGGCGGUUUGCCGUUAAUUCGCUUGGAGGUUGCCUUGCUGUAGGUGAUUGCUACUUUGCUUUCUAGUAACUCCAUCGUUUGCCCCUCCCAUGGUUACUCUACUCUGUCUGAAUUCAAUAUUUGAGAUUACGGCUCGUGGUCAUACGAGCUCUUCAAUCGCAAUACGUCGUCGCUGGUUGGAGUGAACCGACCAGCCUGUUCUUUGCUGCGUCGACUUUCCUGAAUUGCGUGUCCAUCAAUUUGGUAUUAUCACGUCCUCGGGUUUGAGCUGCCAAACUUCUCCAAUUCUAGCUUCAGUUGCAAUCUAUCCCUUUAAAAGAAUUGGUUCCAGUCUUCACCCUCCAGUUUGGGCAGUUCGAUCAGUAUGUUUUGUAGCUGGUGUGGGUAAUUAGAGCAGACGCCUCGAAUCUCUUAUUCAAGCUCAGUGUAAGGACUCCAGAUUCAUCUGCAUGAGACAGCAUUGGCGGUGCGUGCGAAUUCUCUCGAACUGGUGAUUGCUGCGAUUGAUUCACUUUCAAGCAAGUACAAUUGAGUGAAUUUAGCGAAGCUUUCUGAACCUUGCAGAAGUGCUCACGGAGUUUAAGAUUCAGCUCUCGAAGAGUAAGGCUUACACAUCUACAGAAUUGCGAGUCGAAGAAUCGCUAUUCUUUGACCAAUUAGGUUUCUGUGAUCAAUCUCCUCGUUUCCAAUGAAGAGAAUUUCCGUGUGAUAUGUGUCUUGAGUGGGAUUAGUUUUGAAGUUCGGCAUUCAACUGUCUUGGAGCAUGGGACUUGCCAUGCUCAGGCUAACUCUCCUUUCUGUCUCCAUCGUCCUCUUGCUGCGUCAUGCCGCUGCAUCCAAAUUCGAAGCCUUCUCGAACGAGGCUGAAUACGAUGUUGGGGACUCCUAUUUCAAGAUUCUUGCGGAGAAUGAAGACAAAGGAAACACUGCCCUUGAAUUACAGAGAACUCCAGAUGUACUAGUUAGUGGAGAUGGAAACAGUGCGGGGGUUAUGGUCAACCUAUCUGAAUCCGGAUUAUCCUACGUGAAGGACGUUCUCCUCGAGCAAAUACUGGAAGAGGUAACCCCAUUGGUAUUACCAGACAUGAAGACGCGCAUUAACUCUCCCAUCGGCCGCCUUGAUGUUGAAGUCUCCCACAAUGAACUUUCCUGGGCAAAUGUCUCACGUUCGGACGUAGUUCUGGGGAAGAAAGGCAUCACCGUGUUUGUUGGACAUAUUCAUGCCGGGGUUCGUCUUCAUUGGAAGUAUAAGUACACGGCCACUUAUGUCCCAUUUCCUGUCAACGACGGUGGAUGGGCGGAUGUGGAGGUAAAUGGCAUGCAAGUGAACAUGACAUCUGUUCUUGCAGCACGCAACGGAACGCUGCGGAUGACAGUAGUUGGGUGUGAAACUCACAUCGAUGACCUCCAUAUUAAAUUACAAGGGGGUGCAUCAUGGUUUUAUCAGCCGUUUGUGAAUGUGUUUGAUGCGGAGAUUCGUGCAGCUAUUGGAACUACAAUAUCAAAGAGGAUUGUUGCGAUCGCAGAGAAGCUGGAUAACACUCUUCAAGCACUUCCUCGCCAUUUACCUAUAGACGAUGUCUCCGCUGUUGAUGUGACCAUAAUGCAGGAUCCGGUAAUAGGCCCCACGUUCCUUAGCGUGUGCAUGAAGGGGGAGUUUGUCUCCCUCGUGAAACCCUCAAACUCCACAUGCCUGGAUUACGAGUUGCAGUCAGAACUGCUGCACAGUGACUCCACAAAAAUGGUCACAGUUGCCCUACGUGAGGACGUCAUUAACUCAGCAAUCGCUGUAUACUAUGAGGCUGGGUUUUUGGAGUGGGUAGGAGACGAGGCGCUAAAAGAGGCAUGGUUAAACACCCACUUCUGGAGAUGGAUCAUACCCCAAUUGUACAAGAAGUAUCCAAACAUGGACAUGGCAUUGGAUUUUUCCUGUUCCGCACCACCAACUGUCAAGCUUCAGAGUGAUGGUGUAACGGGGAAUGCUGCAGUUGAACUGACCUUGUUAGUGAAGACUGACGAAGAGCCUCUGCCUGUGGUCUGCAUCUCUUUGACCGUAUCCAUGGAUGCAAUGGUGAAUGUUGUGGAUAAUAAAAUCGCGGCUGAAUUGGCUCUAAACGACCUCGGCCUCGAACUGAAAUGGAGUGACAUUGGCAACUUUCCUGUCGCCCUUCUUCAGCCAACACUGCGAACAGUCAUCUCAAGGGUGAUUCUUCCUAUUUUGAACAAAAAGUUCGACCAUGGCUUCCCCUUACCUUUUCUACCGGCUAUCGAUCUGGAAAAUGUCGAUAUCCGCUAUGAGGAGGGCUACAUCUUUGUAUGUUGCGACAUAUUCUACAAGGGUGGCAUCGUAAAGCCACCGGGUCCACUUACAGAACCAUUGAAGUGAUUGUUCGAUCUCAUCGCCACUCGACUGAGCUUGCAGAGACCAACCUUUAAUGCGAUCAUCCCACCCAACAUGUAAUCUAGAGAGUUUGUGGUUUGUAGGCAUCUAUUCAAGGAAGAAACUCAUCAACAGUCUGUGAAGGGUCAUAGUUGCAACAGUAGUAUUCAAGCCUCACAUGGAUCACAUGAAUCUUGUGGUCGGAUAUACUUGCUCGGCUCGGGAGUUGGGCUCGUAGAGUACUGAAAACCCUAGGCUGCUGAGAUUGUAAGGGGUAAUUUGUGAGGAAAGCACUUGUAAAUCAGGAAAAUCAGAGUGCAGUUGUGUAACUGUAGUGUAUAAUCAUCCCUUGUUCCUCCUCGCAAGAGGUUGUCCACAAAUGUUUUUCUACAGCUGCAGCAGAGAAUGUGCAUUUUCCUUAACAUGUUAAUAUGUGCGGACUUUCUCUAUACGGGGCUCUAGCCAUCUUUUGACA